AUGUCCGUACCCUAUUCCAAAGCCCCCAUUUUUGCACGGGCUGAGAGGAUGUUGGCGGAAGUUGCGGACUUUAGCUUUACACCUGCCAAUCGCAUUUGUCGCUGCUUACACUGCUCAACGGCAUUCCCAACGAACGAGGUUUCGGCUACCGCUAAUGAUGUUGAAACAGUUUUGAACGAAAUAUGUGAAGUGCUCAAAGCCCAUGAAGACAGAUACAAUGGUGUAAUUGUUGACAUAGAGAAUAUGCAGAACGAUGCUUCUCGUUUUGCAGCUUCACUCAAGGCAUCACUUUCUCAAUGGGCACGCCAGGGAAAGAAGGGGGUGUGGAUUAAAGUGCCCAAGGACCAGGCGAAGCUAGUCCCCGUUGCGAUUGAGGUCGGAUUUUGGUACCACCAUGCUGAGCCUUCAUAUGUGAUGUUAGUUUAUUGGAUCCCUCAAACUUCUCCUACCAUCCCUGAUAAUGCUUCACAUCAAGUGGGAAUUGCAGCUUUUGUAUUCAACGAGGAGGGACAGGCUCUAGUAGUUCAGGAAAAGAGUGGACCUUACAAACAUUCCCGGUUGUGGAAGAUGCAGGGGGAAGGCAUUAAGGAAGGGGCCAUAAGAGAAGUUCACGAAGAAACUGGGAAUAUUGAUACAGAAUUCGUAGAAGUGGUUGGGUUUAGGGAUGGUCAUAAUGCCCCUUUCGGAAAAUCAGAUUUUCUCUUCGUGUGUAUGUUGAGAUCUGUUUCUUCUAAUAUUGUUGUGCAAGAUACCGAAAUUUCUGCAGCCAAGUGGAUGGCGAUAGAAGAAUUUGCAUCUCAACCUAAAAAUCAGCAAAGCAAACUUCUAAAAGAUAUGAUUGGCAUAUGUUGUGCCAACGUCAAGGGACGAUCUAAGGGAUUUUCAGGCAUUGCCGGGAUAUCGUCUAACUCGCGCAGAUCCUCUGCCUUCUACUGUAGUGCCCUCCAUUCUCAAUAA